UCAGUGCUUCUGGUUUAUACCAGACUGUUUAUGAGACUCGUUUUGAUACCAAGUAGAAAUGGAAUCACAAGACAAAAGAAGAAACUUGAGCGAGCAGAAUUUAAUUGACGAAAGGUCAGGUGGACUGGGAUGUUGUGGCUGGAUCCUGGUUAUCCUCUCCUAUCUGAUGUUCAUAAUUACCUUCCCUUUGUCAGUAUGGAUGUGCAUUAAGAUUGUUCAAGAGUAUGAGCGUGCUGUCAUAUUCAGGCUUGGGCGCAUCACCUCUGGAAAAGCAAAGGGACCAGGUAUAUUCUUUGUCCUGCCAUGUACUGACACUUUUGUAAAAGUUGACUUGAGAACGAUUUCAUUUGAUAUUCCUCCACAAGAGAUUCUGACCAAAGACUCUGUGACUGUCUCUGUUGAUGGAGUGGUUUUUUUCAGGGUUCAGUCUGCCAUCGCCUCAGUGGCAAAUGUAACAAAUGCAGACCAGGCCACACGUUUACUGGCUCAGACUACCCUGAGAAACGUCCUUGGAACAAAGAACCUGUCUCAGAUCUUAUCUGACAGAGAGGAGAUUGCACAUAACAUGCAGGCAACACUUGAUGACGCCACAGACAAUUGGGGUAUAAAGGUGGAGCGUGUGGAGAUCAAGGAUGUCAAACUGCCUUUGCAGAUGCAGAGAUCCAUGGCAGCUGAAGCUGAGGCUACCAGAGAGGCCAGAGCCAAGGUUAUUGCAGCAGAAGGUGAGGUGAAUGCCUCCCGAGCCCUCAAGGAAGCCUCCUUAGUGAUAGCCGAGUCUCCAUCAGCUCUACAGCUGCGAUACCUCCAAACCCUGACCACCAUUGCCUCUGAGAAGAACUCCACCAUUGUCUUUCCCUUGCCUAUUGACGUACUGCAAGGCUUUAUGUCAAAGGGGAAAUAACUGCAAAUGAGCCAUGCCAGGUUUUUAAAAAUAAAAAUGUGCUAAUUAAACAGAAAUGAAAAAUGUAUUUCACAGGUAAAUAUAGCAAGAACCCUGCACUAGAUCAUUGUAAAUCUUAUUGGAUGAAUUUGUGUCUUGUUUUUCUGAAGUAUUUGACUGAAAAUGCUGUGUUAAAGAUGUUUCUAUUUUGAGAUUAUUUGUACUAAUAAAUUACUAUUUACGUUC